AUGGUGCUUUUUCAGAACGUUGGCGGCUCGGUGACGUUUCUGCUGCAGAUCGCGCUGCUCGCGUGGGGCAUACGGCAGCUGCGCAGCGUGCUUGCGAAGCGGCGGGAAACGCGCCAGCGCAAUCAGGGCAGCAGCGCCGGCGCCUCUCCCGCCUUCGCCUCGCUCUCCCCGCUCGCCGCGCUCAUGAUGGCGGGGUGGACGGGGGAAAGCGGGGGCGCAAGCGGCGGAGCUGGCGCAGGGGGGGCGGGGAGCAGCAGCGCGGGGGCUGGCGUUUCCGCGCCAAGCCUCACCGCGGCUGGAAACGGGGCAGGCGGGGGCGCGGGUGAAAUCGGCGCAGGGAGGAUAGGCGCAGGGGGCGAGGACGGGGGAGUGGCGGAAGCGGGAGAGAGCGAUCUGCUACAGGCGCUGCAGCUGCCAGCAGCAGCCUGGGAGCACCGCUUCCACGACAUGCGGCAGCCGGACCGCCGCCACCUGCUGCUCUUCCUCUCCUCGCACGGCAACUCCGCCCAGCGCGCCGCCACAGUCGCCGCCUCCCUGGGAUACACCCGCUCCUGCGUGCUCGCGGGGGGGCUCGACGCCCUCAAGAAGUUUCUUGCUGCUUCCGCUGCAGCUGGUGCCCCUGCCCCGUCGCCUUCGGCUGGUGGUCUGGGCGGAGGGGGAGGAGGCGGGGGAGCGGGAGGAGCGGGGGGAGGAGCAGGGGGUGCUGGGUUGGCCGCAACUCCGUCGGCUCAUUCUCACUCAUCUGCCGCAGCCGCCGCCGCCGCCGCUGCUGCUGCUGCUCUGGGCUCGUCCUCCUCGGCGUUGUCGUCUGUGCCCUCUGCAUCGGCGGCUGCAGCGCCGUUCCACUGGAUACCGUCCACAGCAGUAUCAGUCAAGAACAUAUCCCGGGAUGCAGUGGCGCUGCUGCUGGCGCGCAAGGGAGGGCAGUACCCCCACACGCUCAUCCUCCAGUCUAGGCCCGCCCCGCCCUCUGCUGCCCCUCUUCCUCCCCUUGCUUCUCCCCCUGCCUCCGACCACCCUGCCGCUGCUGUUGCCUCUUCCUCUGCCCCUGCUGCUCCCGCUGCCGGGUCUGCUGCUGCUGAUUCUGCCAGCGUUCAGGACGCUGGUGCUGGCGUGGGGGAAGGGGAGGAGCAUGGGGUGCGAGAGGAGGGUGGGGAGGGGAGGGAGAAUGGAGUAGCUGAGGGGUUGGAGGCGAGGGGGUAUCCAGGGGCGGAUGAGGAAGGACGAGGGGUAGAUGGGCUAGGUGGGGUGGGAGGGGAAGGAAGUGCAGGAGGGGAAGGCUCCACAGGGGCAGGGGGGGGGCGAAAUCGGGGAGAAGAAGGAGGGGGAGUGGAUGGCAGAGGGGGAGAGGGUAGAGAGAGGGAGGGAGAGGGGGUUGAAGCAGAGGGACAUGGGAGGGGAGCAGCAGCACAGGAAGGGGGAGGAGUGGGGCGGGUGGUGUGGGAGGAGGUGGGAGGAGGCAAGCCGUGGUUCUAUUUGGUUGAUGUGAGACGGUUCGAUGAGCGUGUGCUGUAUGGUGGGAUACCCGGCUCCGUGCACAUACCAGCGGAGGUGUGGCCAGUGGCACUGUCACUGGGCGAGGAGGCAUGGAAGCAGCGCUACCAAUGGCCCAAGAUGGAACCCCACUCCCUGCUCAUCCUCCACUCCAACACGGGACCUCGAGCGUAUUGGGCAGCACAAGUGGCACGAGAUGCAGGCUACAACAGUGCCACAACACGCCUUGUGUCUAGCCGCACACCACCCCAGCCAACGCUCUCCCUCUCUAUCUCCCCCUCUUCCCCUCUCUCCCUCCCCCCCUCCCUCCAUCCCUCCAUGGCCUACCUGUGGAGCAGGGGGGAGAGCCACCGGCACCGCACACCGCAGUCAUUUGCAGUGGAAGCAGUGGAUGAGGGCAUGGCAGAGCAGCAGCUCAGGCUGCUCGGCAUUGCUCUCUGA